UUCCGCUGUAUUGUCGUGAGGGUAGCUUCUAGCUAAUGUAGUAACUUAUGUAUUUGUAACCAGGCAGCCCUAUGGCUAGCUAAAUGGGAAUAAAACCUAUUUGUAGAAGGAUUUACCAUUUAUGCUAGUCCAUAUUUCAAAUUAGAUGGUUUGUUAUACUUGUAUAAGUAGGGUAAAAAAGUACGUCUAAAUAUGAGUUUUUUCAUAAUGAAGCGUAUUUCUGCUAAUGUUCUUACCAGCAUUUGUUAUCCACAUAUUCAAAAUGGAGUCGGCGACAAUUCCUUUUUGCCCGAUUCAGCAACUGGGUCCGGCGAUAACUACGCUAUCGCUAAGCAAAAUUCUGAGGAUGAGCUAGAUUUGGACGACGAGUCCAGUUCUCGUUUCACCGCGGACCCGGGGGAAAUUAACGUGAAACCUGUCUUAUUUGAUAGCCGGUUCUCGCAAAAUAAGAACAAGGACGAGUCUUUACCUUCGGGCUGUGUGAAAAUGCCAGAAAUCCCCGCCAACCGCAAUGGAAAUUUUGAAAAGGAAACACGGGAACUCAUCGAAACGUUUUAUCGGAUACACACAGGAGACUCUCGGCCAACUAGGACCAAUAUCAAGGCUUUAUCCACGAUGAAACGUGUAGUGGAAAAACUAAUCGAAAAGCACCAGUUCGCCUACAACGGUAUGAUCCUCAAGCUGAGUUUGGAACAGCAGGACAACAGCAUUCAAUCAAUCUCGCUUAUUGCUAAGAGCAUGUUCUCUGAUGGGACCACCAACUGGGGGCGUAUUGCCAGCCUGUUGGCAUUUGGUGCUGUGGUGUGCAAACACCUGAAAGAUAGUGGGAGAGAGCACUGUGUGCCAGUGGUGAGCCUGGAAAUCUCGUCUUACCUCCUGUCUUACCAGCAGGAUUGGCUGCUUAAGAACAAAGCCUGGGAGGGGUUUGUGGAGUUUUUUUGCGUGGAAGACCCUGAAUCUGUGGUGAGAUGUGCACUCAUGGCUUUUGCAGGGUUCGCAGGGAUAGGGGCGGGACUUGCUUACUUGGUCCGAUGAAUCUUUUGGGCUGUAAAAGAAUGGACUGACAACUUUUUACUCUGAAGAGAAACUACAGUCAUGGCUGCCCUCCAUUUCCAACUUUUUUAGGAGGUUUGUUUUGUUUUUUGGAGGAGGGGGAGCUUGGUUUGGGGGCAUUGCCAACCUGAUUUGUGAUUGGAGAAGUUUGCCAAUUGAACCCUACAUUUGCACAACAGAUUUUGUGGCGUUCUUUUUUUUUUUCCUCACUGUUAACCCCCAGCAUAGCUCAGUCACUUUUUAGCUAGCAGAAUGACUACAUCAGUAUAUCCAGUAUUGAACAGUGAGCACUGUCUCCACCAGUCUUUCUGCUGCCAGAAAGCCUUUACUGUAUGUCAAGUAAAUGUAAAUAAUUUUUGUAAAUGUAAUGUACAAUAACAAAUUUUAUUUUUAUAUAAAAUUUUAUUUGCCAACAAUAUGGCUAUUGUACUAUAACCCUGCUUCUUUCUUAAAACAGAAAGGAUUUGUGUAUACUACUUUCUCACUAAAGAAAACCUUUUUUAAAAAAAAUAAACUUAAUUGUUUUAA